GUAAGACACUAGCAAUCUUUGCAAGCGUCUCUCAAUCACAGUGUGAGCUCCACGCGCCACGCCGCGGCACGAUUUGACCGUCUACAGCCCCCACGGACUGCUCAGAGAGGACGCCGUCGAAGACGCUGCGCGAAACCACCCGCCAGACCUCGAGCAAGCCUCCUGAGCUCCUCAAGGUCGCCGUCGCGCGGCCCGAUUACCCGUGAGUGCAACCCAAGCGUCGAGCAGAAAAAAAAUGGCCGCCCUCGCCACCCACGUGCGCCACGCCGUCGGCAAGGCCCUGCGCGAGACGGGCUCCGCGAUGGAGCGGGCUGGGAUGGCCUUGGGGGGAGACCAGUCCUUCUGGGACCACACGAGCCGCCACACGACGACCGUGAGCUUCGCUGAUAGUCAACCGUGCGUCGCGCCCGACUCCUGCGUCGCGCCGUCGGCGACGAUUUACGGCGCGGCGUCCGUCGGCUCGAAGGCGACGGUCGGCGCGGGCGCGGUCGUCUUUGGGCCCAGUGUCAUUGGAGACGGCGCCGUCGUCGGCGCGAACAGCGUUGUGCAUGCUGACGUGCUUGGCAGUUGCGCCGACGGCGCGGUCGUCGUCGAGCCCGUGCCGGCGGGCGAGCACUGGGCGGGCCGGCCGGCGAAGAAGGUCUAGUUAUGUAUAAAACAACACGAUUAAUA